AUGACUUUCGUCACCUCACGGCCAGCCACGGCAGCGUCGGUGGUCGGCGGAGAGCCGGCAGCGGACUGCGCCGGCCCGGAGGCCAGCCUGCCGGGAGCAGACCCUGCCGAGGCGCGACACGCCCCGACACUGACGCCCGCGUCGGCGCCGUGCCGCGAUGAGCGUACGGGACCGCAGGAGCCGGCGGAGGCUGCGACUGCGUCCGCGGCCGCGGCCGCUCAGCCCCCGGUGCCGCAGAUCCAGGCCGAGGUAUACGACGACGGCGAGCCCGCGCUCGCCAUGGACGUGACAGAGCUGGAGCUGGAGGCGGAGGCGCUGGCCGCCGGCGAGUCGGCGUCGGCGUCCAUCGACGGUGAGGUGCCCAGCAUCGUGCUGGAGCCGGCCAGCGCGCCCACCGCCAGCCAAGAGGACGGCACCGACUCGCCUUCCCGCGCUCCCGCCAAGGGCCCGUCCGACGAGGAGGCAGAGGCGGAGGACGGCGCCGAGCUGGAGCGCCGGCGGGCGCAGGCGGCGCCCCGACUCAGCCUCUCGCUGCAGCCCGAGGCGGAGGCGGCCGCGGCGCACCGCAAGUCGCCCGUCACCGUCCAGGAGUGGGUCGACUCGCUGCCUGGGCCCGUGCCCGCCACGAGGAAUGAAGAAGACUCUGAAGAACUGCCUAUAGAAGACGGUGAAGAGGCGUUGGAUCUAGGUCUGGGAGCUGAAGCUGGCCUACUAUACAAUGGGUGCCCUCCUGUUACAAUUGUAAGUCCCAGCCAGCCAUGCAUUAGUCCGACUUCAUUUGGAGCUGUCUCUGAAGUCAGGCUAGGCAGGCAGAAAGAGAUAAGCCCAGGCCUUGUCCGUGAAUCUUCAGUGCAGUCAGAUGUGACAUCUCAUGGAAGCCAUGGCUCAAGUGUAGACUCAUUCUUGGAGUCCCGCAAGCCUGAUCCUGAAGAAGUGCUGCUUAAUCUAGGAUUUGGAGGACCUCCUAUAGCAGAGAAUGAAGUGUCACGCAUUCCACGUCGCUUCCUUCAGCCAUCAAAAGUGAAAGGUGUUGCAAUUGAUGACUUCCUACGCUAUCAGCAGGAUCUGAUAGAAAAUUUUGAGACAGGCUUUUGUGGAUACAGAGGGCUGACUGGCUCGUCGCACACGCCGCCGUCGGUGAUCGUGGCGAAGAUCCGCGAGAAGCUACGCAGCUCGCACUCGGUGUGCGCGUCGCUGUCGCAGUCUGAGGAGGGCGGCAGCAGCGUGCCCGGCGCGCUGUCGCUGUCCGUGCCCGCCUCCGCCUCCGCCUGCGCGUCCGCCUACGACGGGGGGGCCUCCCGGCGGCGCUUCUCGCGCGCGGCGCGGCGCGUGCUGCGCGACCUGCCCCAGGACUCGCACCUGAGCGUGCUCACUCCGGACAACCGCCGCUUCCUCGACAACCAGGGCCGCAACAAGUCGCCCGACGUGCCGCGCAAGCGCAUAGUCUUCGGCGAGCGCUCCUUCACUUUCGCCGGCGACGGCGACCUCGUGGAGGUGCAGCCGCCGCCGUCGCCGCCGCUGUCGCAGCAGUCUCCGCCGCAGCCGCCGCCGCUCGCAGACAUGGCCGGCCGCCCCAGGCCCCGACCGCUACUCCACAAAGACUCCGUUCUUUCAUCAGCUACCAGCCUCAGCAUGACAAGUCUGGACAGUGACAGUGAUACCGACGAGGGCAGUUACGAGCGACGUCACCACAACCCACCACCACUCCGCCCACCUUUUGUGCCAGCAGCCCAAUCCUCUCAAAAUGCAGAGACACCUUCACAGUCACUUCACACCACUGGAAAUAUGACUUCUGAUUCAGACUCUAGUGUAGCACAAACAGUUCCUCAGCGUCCUCGCUUCAGUAAGCGUAUUUCCUCCACUAGUAUCAGCAGUUGGGAGUCAGAAAGCCCUCAUGCUCGAUUCUAUCUUUCAUCUCCAACGUUUGACAGUCCAGCUGCCAGCCGGCCUGUGCGUUACGAAUCAAUUGAUGAAGAUGUGGAAAUGACUUUCAAUGAUACAGUGGAGUCAUCAGCUGAAGGGAGGGAGGAACAAAAUGAGAAAAUUGAGAAGUCACAUGACAUAAGUGGAGGAAAUAAGGAACUAACAGCUGUCACUGAGGUUGAUGUGUUUGAUAAUAGUAGUAAGACUGAUACUCGGAUAGAGAAGAUUAAUGCUUCUCAGAUGAAUGUUGAGGUAGAAACUGAUAAAGCUUUGGAAAUACUUCCACCUUCUGUAUCUAGAAAUAUUGAUGACAUUCACUCUGUGAAAACUGAUAAGGAGAGAUUACUUCUUCGUAGGAGCAGUCUCAAAAGGCAGAAUCGUGUCAUUGAUGAGGAUUUGGAUGAGUGCGAGAGCUCGAACAGUGCUAUAAAAACUGAUGUCUUGUUAACAGGUGACACUUUACCGGUAUUGAAAUUCACAAGCCACGAAGCAGACAAUUUAGAAGAAAACAGUUUUGAGAAAAGUGAGAACAGUAUAGAGCGGGAGGGAUCUCAGGAAACACUUGUAGCUAGUCCUAAAUUAGAGUGUGCAAAUAUGGACAUCAGUGAUAUUGUUCAGCCAGUGCAGAGUCAAUUCCUUGAUCCUAGCUCUGGAGCGGGGAAGUGUGCAGCAGCACAUGCAGACCAAGAGACGAUGACUCAGCAAGAUGAGCAACCAUCAGCAAGCUACCUUUCAGCUAGUCCUGCUACUGCAGAUGAAUCCUUUGAAAUGGAAGAGCUUAUGACUUGUGACGAGGAAGCAAAUGGUGCACCACUAACACUGGCUCGCACGCGCUCAGACAGCAGUGGUUUUCUCGAGGGUGAACGAUCACCUCCACCUCAGGCUCCACCUACAGAAGCAGGCCUUUCCACAUCUGAUGCUCAUACACACCCACCUCCAAUUGGGGGCUGUGUCAACAAAUUCAGCAGUUGCAGUGAUGAAAGCGUUGUUCAUGUCCCAAGCAGAGAUCUUCGUGAAUUGCUGGAUGAGCUUGCAGGCAGGGGCCUGCAGUUGCCAGAUUCUGCUUCCUAUGCAUGCCAGAUGGGGUCAGAGCAGCAGGUGGAAGCAGUGCGCAUGGCUCUGGAAACGUACAGUGAGCAGUUGGAAUGUGGCAGCAGGACCAAGAUGCUGGACAUGGAGGGGGCAGCGGAGCAUUUGAGGAAACAGAUUGCUGCCGAGUUGCGGCAUGUUGCCACCCUGCUAGAAGAGCAACCGGGCUCGCAAGCAGCAGCUGCCAUUACCAAACAGGUGACGGCACUAUUAAGAGAACAAACACGCUUGUGCCAUCAGCUUGAAACACUAACUGGAUGCAAUGUUGAAGCAACAAAUUCUGCUACUGAACCAAGCACUUCCGCUUUGCACUGCUGUUGUGAAAGUGAGCGCAUGCUGGAUGCUGUUCGUGAAGAGAAUAGACGCCUGGAACGUCUUGUGGAGGCACAUUCUGCAGAGUUGGCUGAAAUCCGGCAGAUGCUUUCUAGACUUAUUGACAGAGAGAGGGAUUCAGCUGCUCUGUAAUGUAUAUGUGUGUGCAACUAAACUCCAAAAUAUUCAGGGCACUAGUCAAAGUACACCUAGGCAUCUCUUUGUGGCUUCUCUGAGCAAGUGGCAAAAAUAAAUGCCAGUUGUCAAAAUACAUCUGAACAUAUUCCUUUGUGUUCAGUCAUUAAUAACUCGGUGAUACUGAAGCAAAGACUUUAUAAGAAGCCUUCUUCUGCUGCUACAGAAACGAAAAGUGUUUACGUAGAACAUAAGUAACACUCUGUUAUGGGAGAAAAAAUUCCUUGAAAUGAAGAUUAAAAUGUUAAAUGCCAAGGAAUAAUUUAAUUAUUUUUAAUGUUAUAAUGUCUUAAUUUGGAAUGCAUUAUUUUCAUAAAAGUGUACAUUAUUGUUUAUGACACUGUAAGUUUCAGACUCCAAUAUACUAUUUUGGAAUAUUUUGUUGCUAUAAAACUUAUGAUUCUAGAUGAGUUGUUGUUAUUGUUAUUCUGAAGGCAUGAAUAUGAAUGUUUCUUCUGAACAAUGUUUAUAUUUUUGUUACAUGAAAAUCUUGCCAUACUUU